AAUGUAUCUGACAGCAUUUUUGUUCAGAGACUCAAACCAGCUAACACUUCUUUUAUGGGCUCCUGAAUUCAGCUGUCUUUAAACUGUGCACUUGUUUAUCAGCUUGUUUAAGUUGUCUCAGCCUAGCAUUUUACUGGAAACUGAAAUCUGAUUUCUGCAGUUUUGGGCCCUGUUAAAGAAAGAUGAACAUUGCCAUGAAUGUUCUCCUGGAUUCCUUACUGGCAGCACCAAGAGGAAAUUGGUUGUUUAUAACUGGAACCAUCAGCUCAUCUGAGGCUGUGGGAAAAUCCAUGCUGCUCCUGCUACUUGCCUUGUCUAUACUGAACAGCAGUCAGGCUACUGAUUUCAAGUACAUGGGAUCUUCCUUGAGCCUGGAGAUUCCUACAGGGAAAGCCAUACCAGAGCUGAUUGUGUACUACAGAAGCUUAGCAUUGUCCCCUUGUCCCCCAGUGACCCAAGGGAUGUGUCAAGUGUUAAACUGCACGUCUGUGGCUCAGCAGAGUAGCACUAAAUACUCAGGCUGGUGUCUUAACCAGGGGCAAGCUGUGAUUCCUAUGAGCAACUCUUCAACACUGCAGAUCAGACCCACUGGGUGCUGCUGGUUACCGGCUGAUGGUCUCAAGUUUAGUCUGCCAAUGAGUGUGGAAUUGGGCAUAAGAUCGGAUACACAAAAUCCAAACCGCCUUCCUCAAGCUGGCAUUUCACAGCCUAUCAGGGUACCUCAAAACUGCCUCACUGUUUACAACCUAAAUGUAUUUGAUCCAGAUAAGGACAUGGUGAGAUGUCGCUUUGGGAAUCAGAAUGAGGGAGAGUGCACCAACUGUUCCCAGUAUUCAUUCCUGCAGCUGGAUGAGGUGAAUUGUGUUCUGAAUUACACUGGAAGUGAAUAUAAAGGAAUAUACAUAGUGGAGCUCAUUAUUGAAGACUUUCCAGUAGUGGAUAUAGUCCUUUCUAGUAACUAUGGCAACCGGACCAUUCCAGCUUAUUCCCCAUCUUUUGGAACUUCAGCAAGGUUGAGUGCCACUCCAUUGCAAUUCACCAUAACAGUGGAUGAAGCUGCCCUGGAGUGUAACCCUGGAAUGAUUCGGCCUACCUUUGUUGCUCCCACCCCAUCUAGCAUGCACAUUUUUCCAUUAAUGCCAUAUGAAGAAGUAUCAUUUACAAUCAGCGCUGUGACCUCCCAAACCAGAAUCUCAAAUUUCACCAUUCUGGGGCCUCCUGGACUACAGAAUUCCUUGCUGUGGUUUGAUAAGAGACAAGAUUUCGAUGUAACAUCUGCCAAUGUGUCCUGGACAAGAAUCACAGUCUAUCAGCCCAUCUAUAUUUCAGUGUGCUUUUCUGCCACCAUUGACAGGUUUCAGUUGGUACCAAGGUGCAUAUGGAUCCAGCAAAUACCAUCUGGGGCCCCCCCUCCUGGAUCAGCAAUACAGUGCCUGGAGACAGAAAUGAAGUUCAUAUUGGCUCGGACCACACUCCCAAACAUCCACGAGCAUGACCUGCAGCUCAAUGACCCAUCAUGCAGCAUCAUUGGCAAUGCAACUCACUUCCUGCUGGAUAUACCACUGUUAGGUUGUGGGACAAAGAUCCAGGUGGAAGAUGCAUACUUUGUUUUCAUCAACACUCUCAUGACGCGGACACUGUAUGGAGUAAUAACACGUCUUCCAACAUUACGUUUACCGAUUGCAUGCCAUUAUCAAUCAAUGGGUAAUGUUGGAAACAAUAUGAAUGUGUCCACGUUCAUCUCUGACAAGGCUUUUGGUAACUUCAGUAUUCAUGUUGAGUUUAAGCAUUCCAGCCUGAGUCGUUCCAGCACUGGCCUAAUCCAGUCUCCCUUAAGGGUGGCAAGUAAUGAAAUUCUCUACUUAUACGUCUUUGCCAACACACCAGUUCCUAAAGUGGAUCUUAUAGUGCAGUCGUGCUGGACUUCUGAAGUGAACAAUGCCACUACAGGCAACACCUUCAUAAAACAAGGGUGUGUACAAGAAGGUAUUGUGCAGCUUGUAAGUGAUGAGUCCUUGGAGAAAAUAUACAAGAUCAACUUGGGAGCAAUUUUGAAUUUGGUUUCAGAGGUUUAUGUCCAAUGCAUUGUGCAGCUGUGCCUCAACAUUGACUCCACUAUGAAUUGCUCCUCAGGAUGCCUUUCCAAUAAUACGGUGCAGUUCAACCCCAUGUCCAGAGAGUAUCAUGUGAGCUCAGGACUAAUUAGCCUAAUACAGUCCAGUACCAUUGGAGCUACAACAACCUUGCUUUCCUCACCACCCACUCAGCGCCAACUAGGUACCUGUAUGUUCUGUUAUGUCAGAAACUUGUAACUUAUAAAUUUUUAA